UGAACAAUCGGCUGGUUGGUGUGUGAUUCAUAAUGCUUAAUUGGAGCACUGUUUUCGCAGUCAUUUCUGUGGGGAACUGAGUAAAAUUGACACUGGUUGAUGGAUACCCAGAGUCCAAUUAAACGUCAGAACGUGUUGAUGCAAGGGGUGGCGGGUGGAGCUCUAAUUGGAUUACAAAUGAACUGGAGGACUAUAAUAAUUGAGGCUGCUGAGCGGAAAGACAGAAUUUGACUUGACAGCCUUUAAUACCAGUAAACUGUUGAACAGACCACUGGUUUGUACUGCUGGAUCAGAUCAAGAUUAAACUGUCAACAGAGUGAUGGAGAGGACUUCAAACUGCUGCACCGUUGCUUCACUGGUCGUUCUAGUCAUCCUCGUCCUUUUUCCUCUGAGGUCUUGGUGUAAGGAAGACAUCUACAAAGCAACGUCACAGGCUAAGCCAGAGUGCUGCAUUAGUGAAGAUGUAGAGAAGAGAUCUGAUGACAUCGACUACGACACCUUUGUGAGUCUAAUGGGGAGGAGAAGUGCUGCUCAACCAAACAGUCAAAGAAACGCCCAGAUGUCAAAGAAAAGAUACAUGGAUCAAAUCCUCGCUGCUCUGUUGGGGCGGAGAACGAGUGAGUGACAAAAUUCAAGUCAUACAGUUUUCUAUUGAUUCACUU